GAUUCCGCGGGAAGCUUUCUCGUCUUUGAAGAAAGCUCCGCAACUGUGAUACGCAUCACACCCAAAUUCACAUUCUAGGGUUACAAAAAUUGGAAUCUGAAACCCGAGUUCAAGGUUUUCGUUCUCACCUUUCGAUAAACAAUUCAACCAGAAGAGAAGAUGGUUACGGUUAGGAGUUGACGGUGACGGAAGAGAGAAGAGAAGAUGCCGAUCGAAAUGCCGAAGGGGUUACCGUUCUCGGUGGACACGUGGACUCCGUCGUCGUCGAAGAGACACCAUUUCCUCACACACGCUCACAAAGACCAUUCCUCUUCCAUCGCUUCACACUCUUUCUUUCCGAUUUACUCUACUCGUCUCACCAAAACGCUUAUCCUUCAACAAUACCCUCAGCUUGAUGCUUCCUUGUUUCUGGACGUAGAAGUAGGUCAAUCCUUCAUCGUCGAUGACCCCGCCGGAGCCUUCACUGUCACCGCUUUUGACGCCAAUCACUGCCCUGGGGCGGUGAUGUUCUUAUUUGAAGGCAAAUUUGGUAAUAUUUUGCACACGGGAGAUUGCAGGCUCACUCCUGAGUGUUUGCUCAACUUACCUGACAAGUAUGUUGGGAGGAAAGGGAAAGAGCCGCGAUGCCCUCUUGAUUGUGUUUUCUUAGACUGUACAUUUGGCAAUUUCUCUCAGGAGAUGCCUAGCAAGCAUUCUGCUAUUCAACAGGUUAUUAAUUGUAUAUGGAAGCAUCCUGAUGCACCGACAGUGUACCUAACCUGCAACAUGCUUGGCCAGGAAGAGAUCCUUGUUAAUGUGUCCCAAACUUUUGGAGCCAAGAUAUAUGUUGAUAAAGCCAAAUAUGCAGAGUUUUUUACGAAUCUAGCACUUAUCGUGCCUGAAAUCCUAUGUGAAGAUCCAGCUUCUCGUUUCCACUUGUUUGAUGGAUCUCGAAGACUAUAUGAAAGAGCAGAAGCAAAACUGAUGGAGGCCAAGGCAACUCUCCAAUCUGAGCCUCUCAUUGUCCGUCCUUCUGCACAGUGGUAUGCUUGUGAAGAAAAGUUCUCAGAUGUUGAAAACACUAGAAAAAAGAGGAUGGAUGAAGCAGUUAAGGAUCAGUUUGGUGUCUGGCAUGUCUGUUACUCAAUGCACUCAUCCAAGGAAGAAUUGGAAUUGGCACUUCAACUUCUUGCACCUAGGUGGGUUGUUUCAACAACCCCCAGCUGCAGGGCUAUGGAACUAGAUUAUGUAAAGAAACACUGUUUUAAUUCUAAAGGAGCUCUAAAUAAAUCUAUGUGGAAGCUUCUGGAUAUGACGUUGGAAACAUCUGAUGAGUUUGGUACAUUGGUCAAAUCUGUGAGCUGUAAUCCUGUUCUUGAAGAAACCCUUCAGUCUUGUGUGCAAACUCAAUCACCAGUCAAACAGUCCACCGAAGCUAAAACACUGAAAGAAUUGAUUCUUGACAAAAGCUUGCCUAUCACGUUAUUUGGAAGAGCCAGGCUCAGUCUCCAAGAUGGUGGCUUUUCACGAGGAGAGUGUAAUAUGUUGCCUGUUAAUGUCCCUUCCCAAACAGUUUCGAGUGAUGCACGACAAGAAUUCUUUAAAGAUCCGGAGGAUGCUGAAGUGAAGUUGAGUUCACCGGAAAGAAAGAAUGAGUUACACCAAGUGGAGACGUAUCAGCAAUCUGAGGUUCUGGAGGACACAAGAGUUCAUAAGAGUGCCUCUUAUCUAAAUAAUGGAUCUUCAGGCUUGAGUGCAAGUGUCAGGAAGUUGUACAGGUCAAUGAAUGUUCCUGUGCCUAAACCUCUUCCCUCCUUAGUGGAUCUUAUGAAUUCCCAUAAACGUACCAAGAGGGGAAUUAAUUAUUAAUCUUGCUUUUCUUCUGUUAUCUUUGGUUUGCCAUCCUUGGAGAUGUCCAUGCACCUUGAUCUUUUUCAAACCACCAUAUUUGUUACUAGGGAACUAGAAAAGCAGCAGCAAGGUGGAAGGGAAGAAUUUGCAGGACUGUUAGGUGUUGUCAAACUUAAACAAUUCUGGCAUAAUCCUUGUUUUGAAUAAGAGAUGCAUCAAAAGAUGCUUCGUACUGAGGAAAUAGAAUGUGGGAUAGCUCAUUCAAACAUUGUUUAUCAAAUUUUACACAUACUCGCAAGGUUGGGGCCUGACAAGGAGCAGCAGAAGUCAAGCACCAAGCUUUUAUGCCCAUGGAAAUGGUGAAUAGCUACAAUACCUUUUUUAUUUUUAUUUUUAAAUUAUUUUUAAAGAUAGUUACAAUAUUCUGUAUACAGUUUAUUGAAGAGAUCAGUUCAACCUUUUUGACAUAGAAAUACAUUGUAUUGCUGCAACCGUACCAAAACAUUAUGUUUUAUUGCUUCGUUUUACUUGUGCUAAUAAAGUGCACUUGCAAAUUGAUUCUCAUAUCUCA